ACCACCCCUCCACUAACCUGAACGUGUGCUGAGCUCUUUGCACCCGAACGUGUAUUCUAAGAACUCUCCGGCACACUGGAUUCGUUUGGCAAAGAAAAGAGGCACAAAUAUCGUCUCGCUUUACAGCACCACUGAACCGCUGAUUAGUGGAGAGUGAAUGCAGCGAUUUCAGUUAAUAAACUCCGACAUUUUUCGCUAAGUGUUCCAUGGAUCUGGAGGAGAGGAAAGCACUCUUUAGUGCAUGCGCCUUGAUCGCGCUCUUACCAGCUUGUCUCACCUACUACGUGCCAUGCGAUCCGUGCGAUCCAAAAGCGUUAUCCAUGUGCCCACCCGUACCCACGGCCUGUCAGGCGGUGAAGGAGCCGGGAUGCGGCUGCUGCUUGACCUGCGCGCUCAGGGAAGGACAUGAGUGCGGAGUCUACACGGGCACAUGCGCCGCGGGUCUGCGCUGCCUACCGCGCGUCGGUGAGGAGAAGCCGCUGCAUGCCCUGCUACACGGCAAGGGGAUGUGCAUGAACGAAAAAGACUACAAGCCGGCCACGGAUCAAGAGCUACCUAAAGGUGUCUUGGGGCUAGUGUCUGAAAAUCUACUUCAUCAUUCUAAGGUGCCUAUGUUUUCUCAAAACCACAUCAACAACAAGAAAGUCCUGGCAGUUCAAAAGAACAGGAAACAGUUACAAUCUAAACUGAGGACCAGAGUCCAUAUUAACUCCUCCCCACUCAGCAUCCAGAAGGUCCAGCCGGAAAUGGGACAGUGUAGGAGGAAGCUUGACAUAAUUGUCCGGAGGAUGAAGGACAUGCCCAGAGUCGUGGCUCUGUCUCUCUAUCUGCCUAAUUGUGACAAAAAGGGCUUCUUCAAGCGCAAACAGUGUAAACCCUCCAGGGGGCAGAAGCGAGGUAUUUGUUGGUGUGUAGAUAAAUUUGGAGCCACAAUACCAGGAACUCACUACAGUGGAGGCAACAUCCAGUGCAAAGACCCGGAGAACAACAGUAACAACAAAUAAAGAGUCUCCUUCUUGUCAACACGUCUCCAUCUCCAUCUUUUUGCUGCCAAAUCACCUAAAGAAUCUGUAAGAAAGAAAAAAUAAACACAUGCAUUAUUCUAUUUAUAGGCAAAGUUAGAAAACAAAUUUGUAAAUUUUUUUGUUUGCUAUUUUGAAUGUUUUUUUUUUGUUUAUUUUGUCAACGUGCAACAUAAAUGAUCAGUGCUAACAUAAUAAUAGCCCCUUUCUGUCCUUUUUGUCAUUUACUAUAGACAGUAAAACUUACCAACUCAAAAAUCAAAUCAUUAGUACAAUAUUUAUUUGAAUGGACAUUCAUACAUUUCUUCAUUUCCAUUAAAUCUAUUCGUGUACACUAUACGUUUAAAUGUUUGUGGACACCUGACCAUCAUAAAUAUAUGUGUAUUUUGAACAUCCCAUACCAGAUUUAGUCCACAUUUUGCUGUUAUAAUUAUUUUCAAUAUUCUAGGAAUUCAUUUACACUAGACUUUGUAAUGUUGUAAUGUUUCUGUCAAGAUUUGCCCAUUCAGAUCUGGCAGUGAUUUUAUAUGCUGUUACUGUUCUAGUUCAUCUCAAAAGAGGUUCAGGUCUGGGUUCUUUGUAGGCCAUUUGAGUUUCUCCACUACAACCUUGGCAAAUCUAUUUGAAUAGUCUAAAUUAUUAUAGUAUUGGUUCCCAUGAAAAUCUCAGUGCCUUUUUUCUAAUGCAGAUGAUUUACUUAGGACUACAGUGGAAAAAUACAUAUUCAUAUCAGAUAUUCACAGUUCAGGAAUAAAUUCUAAUUAACAAGGCUAAGAAAUCAGAGGUUAUUUGUAUGAUUAAAAACAGUAAAAAUAAAAGAGAAAAAAGCAGUAGUAAGCAGUAAAAACGUGAUAUCCUCUGGAACUUGAAACAUAAAAUCAUCUUGUGCUUUGGAUUUUAAAAGGAACAUUUUGUAUAUUUUGUAUUCAAAUCUUUGUGCUGUAUUUAAGCUUUCAUUCUGAGAGCUGAUUAUUCAUUCUGAGAGCUGAACAGUUAUUACCUGGACAACUCGGUAAAAGUUUAUAAAUUUCUCCUUUUGUGUGGCUUUAAAAAUAACACUUUAUAUGACCCACAUUUUUAAAGAUGUUAUCCUUAAUGACUACCCAAUUAUGAGGUUUGUGUUAUAAUACUGUAACAAUAAAAGAAAUACCUCUACUAAACUUAACAUUUUAAUGACAACAGUUCUGCAACUAAUGAUCUAUAAUACAAAUUAUAGUAUUCUAAAUUAAAAACUAUAUAUACUGCGUGAAAAUCAGCUUUAAAAAUCAGCUUUGAUGACAUUUUCUUCAAUGUGAGCUGAAUAAUUCUAGUUUCAAAAAGAUUUAUUUUUUCUUCAUAAGAAAAUAGCAGUGUGUUCUAUUUAUUCACUGCAUAAUUUAUGUACUUUUUUGUCUCUUUUGUUAUAACAAAAAAGUUAUAGAUAUGAAUGUAAGAAUAAAAACUGUGGCUAUUUUUUUUGUGUGACCUGUAUCAAUAAGUUUUUGAUUGCAUGACUAAUAUGUACUUUGCUGUAAUAGGGACUGUUAUUUCUGAUAAAUAGUAAUAAAAUCAGACUUAAAAUUGAGAAACAUUACAUGCAGUGUAUAAUAAAUCUAUUCAAUCUAUGCAUAAAUAGUUAACUUUUUUACUAAAGUGUAAUGUCACAAUCCUCCAAUCCUUGCAACAGAGGGAGCCAGCACACAAAUAUUGAACUCACUUCUGCUAUCAUAGUUCACUUACGGUUUAUGGACAUUUAAACCAGGCUCACUUUAAAACCAGUUUGUGAAGUUAUGUUACUUCCACUAAAUACCAAUCCAUCAAAAUAAUCUGUACUGCCUUAUUGUUACCAAUUUCUGUUCUUUGUUUAUCAGUUAUUUGUAUUCUGUUUUGGAUUUAUUUAUUCGGUGACAGUGUACCUACGUGUUGACCCCUGCCUGCUUGUUUUUCAAUUUUCAUGUCACAUUUUGACUUUUUGCCUGUUGCAUUUUUAAUAAAAUUCUGGAUAUGGAUUCUA